CUUUGCAGUGCGGCGAUGGUGAACGGCGUAGUCAUGGAGUGCUUGGUGGCAAGCCAUGAACUUAAAUAAGUUCUUUGCAUUCUUUGGUAAAGUGCACCAUCAGCCAUGCCCGUGAUGUCACAGCUGCUCAGGGUUUUGCCGCGGGCAACCGUCCUAUCCUCCAGUCUGGUACCAUGCCAGCAUCACCAUUUAGGGUCCGUCACCUGGGGACCUGCCUCAAGGCGCCCAUCCCACAUAUGUCCUGCUCCCUCAAGAUGUUACCAGACCACCUCAGCACUCCACAGCUACAUCCUCACUCCACCGCAGGUCAACUCCAUCCUCAAAGCCAACGAGUACAGCUUCAAGGUACCCGAGUUUGAUGGCAAGAACCUGUCAUCCGUGAUGGGCUUUGAGAGUAAUCAGCUGCCAGCAAACGCUCCGAUAGAAGACCGCCGCAGUGCCGCGACAUGCCUGCAGACCAGAGGAAUGCUGCUGGGUGUGUUUGAUGGCCACGCUGGAUGUGCCUGUGCACAGGCGCUCAGCGAGAGGCUCUUUUACUACAUAGCAGUGUCACUGCUGCCCCACGACACACUGUGCGAGUUGGAGGCCGCCGUGGAGGGUGGCAGGGCCCUCAGUCCCAUCCUUCAGUGGCACAAACACCCCAACGACUACUUCAGCAGGGAGGCUCAGACACUGUACUUCAACAGCCUGCGGACCUACUGGCAGGAGUUGAUUGAUCUCACCAGCCCUGGUGACGUCCCAGACACCAGCGAGGCUUUGAUGAAUGCCUUCAAGAGGCUGGAUAAUGACAUCUCCUUGGAGGCUCAGGUUGGCGACCCCAAUGCUUUCCUGCACUACUGGGUUCUCAGAGUGGCCUUCUCUGGAGCAACUGCAUGUGUGGCUCACAUCGAUGGACCAGACCUGUAUAUCGCCAAUGCUGGUGAUGCUCGGGCGGUGUUAGGGGUGCAGGAGGAGGAUGGUUCAUUCAGCGCCCACACACUCUCGAAUGACCACAGUGCUCAGAAUGAGGACGAGGUGGCUCGGAUACGAGGAGAACACCCUUCGUCCGAGAGGAAGACGGUCAUACGACAGGACCGCCUGCUAGGUCUCCUCAUGCCAUUCCGCGCUUUCGGCGACGUGAAGUUCAAGUGGAGCAUCGAGCUACAGAAGGGAGUGCUGGAAUCUGGGCCCGAUCAACUGAAUGAAAACGAGCACACCAAGUUCAUCCCGCCAAACUACCACACUCCUCCUUACUUGACGGCCGAGCCGGAGAUCACCUAUCACAAGCUGAGGCCGCAGGAUCGCUUCCUGGUGAUCGGUUCCGACGGCCUCUGGGAGACGCUGCACAGACAGGAAGUGAUCCGCAUUGUGGGCCAGUACCUAACAGGCGUGCACCAGCAUCAGCCGCUCACGGUCGGGGGCUACAGGGUCACCCUGGGACAGAUGCAGGGCCUGCUGGAGGAGCGCAAGGCCCGUGCGUCGUCCGCCUUCGAAGACCAGAACUCGGCGACCCACCUGAUGCGUCACGCCGUGGGCAACAACGAGUUCGGCACGGUGGACCACGAGAGGCUGUCCAAGAUGCUGUCGCUGCCAGAGGAGCUGGCCCGCAUGUACCGCGAUGACAUCACCAUCAUCAUCUCCCAGUUCAACCCACACGUGAUCGGAACUCAACGCUGAGUAAACACACACACACACACACACAUAUGCUGUGUAAGUGUAAGUCCACUGGUUGUGUGGAUCAACAUAACAUUUGAGUAUAUUUGAAGUAUUUAUACAGACGAUGUCACUUUAUUUAUGCAGUGUACCAUUGGAUGGUACUUUCUAAACGCUCACACUUGACUUCACGGCUGACAAGACACUGUUACAAACUUAUUUUGUGCCAAAAGAUCCUAAGAAAUUCCAAAGAGUGUCAAGACGAAAUUCUCUCAACUUGAGGUGUGGCAUGAUGGAAAUAUUUUUUUGGAAAAAAAAAAAAGGUAAACCAUGUUGCACAAUAAUGUUUUUUACAAGGAAUGUGGCUGGGCUGCUUUACUGCUCAGCAGCUUGGACACGUGUAUCUUUGUUUUCAUUGCAAAUAGUCCAAUAUGGCAAACGUUAUCAUGCUAGUUUAUCAUUCGGCCAACCUCAUUUUCUUUGUUUAUUUGCUGUUAUAUCGUAGAGCACCUUCUUGUGGAAAGGGAUGCGUAUCAUAGCAUUAGCAUAUUGGCACAUUAGCUGUGUACUAGACCAGUGAUUCACAACCACUGUGAGAAUUACCUCAUUUUACGUAUGUGAUGGUUUAUGUGCUGGAAACACUCAUAUCUUUAUGAUCUACCUAUGCCAGAGCUACAUAUAGUGACAAUUCAAUGCUCUGCCACUAGAUGGCAGAAUGUGCAUCAUUCUGCGUGUUGCCAGUCCUACAACACAAUAAGUCACUUUUUGUGACAUUUUUGUUUAACUGCCACAGGCUCAGUUAAGGCUACUCCUUUUUUUGUCCAACACUCCAGUCAGUGUUUAAACUCCAGUCAAAUAAUCAGAACGUACAUUUGGAUCCAGCUCUUUGAAUAUUUAUUCACGUUACAAGCUUUUCUCAUAUCUAUGGCGUAUGUUUAAAUUGUAAUCGAAACUGGGGUCCCAUUUUGUAUAUGGAAUGAUAAAUAACAAGUUUAAAUAAACGAUAAAUAAACGACA